CUUGGAUGCGGGCAUUCAACUCUCUCUCUCUCUCUCUCUGUCUCUCUCUCUCUCAGACCCAGAGAGGACGAACAAAACAGAACAAACCCAGAAGAAACAGAACAAAACAAACGCUAAGACCCAAAAUCCAACUAUUCUUCUUCUUUCUCUCUCACUGUCAAAGCCUGAGCUCCAAAAACCCUAACUUUCUCUCUCGAUUUUUAUUUCCCCUAUUUUAUUUUCCGCAAUAAUAAUACUAAUAAUUGAAUAAUCAUUCUCUCUAUCUGUCUCUCGUACAUUUUUUAUUUUAUUUUAUUUUUUGUUCUUUCCGUUUCUGGUUUUAUCCCAUUAUUAUUUUCUGUUAUCCUCAUCUCUUUAAUGGGUCUCUAUUUAUAGCCUAACAAUUCUGCACAAUUCCAAUCAGAUUUUCUUUCUUUCUUUCUUUCUUUUUUUCUCCUGCAUCACUUGAAGAGAAUUUUUUUUUUUUUAAAUAAGAUUGUUUGUUUUUGAUUUAUUAUUUCUUUGUUCAGCUGUCGAUUUCAAAUAAACAAAGUUUUAUAUUCUAUUUUAAGGUUUUUUUUUUUUUUUAAUUCUGCGAUUUUCAUUCUCUUAUGGCUGCGGUUGCUGAGAUCACUGGUGACGCUGCAGCGGCUGCCAAUACUAAUAAUAAUAUCAACAACACCACCAAGAAUUUGGAUUCCGAUGGGAAGCCAAAAUCGGAAUCCGAAUUCAGUGUUUUAAAGCUUGUGGAUUUGAUCACCAAAUUGAAUCCGUUGGCAAAGGAAUUUUUUCCUUCUUCUUACAAUAACAAUAAUAAGACCCAAAACAAUCUUCAUCUCAGUGAUUUUGCUGUGCCCAAUAAGCAGCCGGGCAAUGACAAUUUCCCCACUAAUCAAAGGAGAAGAAACAACUAUAAUCAGGGGAAGAGGCAGUUGAAUGGGAGAGCUUAUAGAGCGCAACAGGAGGAUGGUAUUAGACGAACAGUAUAUGUUUCCGACAUUGAUCAGCAUGUAACUGAAGAGAGGCUUGCUGGCUUGUUUAGUAGUUGUGGACAAGUUGUUGAUUGCCGAGUCUGUGGAGAUCCACAUUCAGUUCUCCGUUUUGCAUUUGUGGAGUUUGCUGAUGAGCAAGGUGCAAGAGCAGCUUUAAACCUCGGUGGGACGAUGCUAGGUUACUAUCCAGUUAGAGUCUUACCUUCAAAAACUGCCAUCCUUCCAGUGAAUCCUACAUUUCUCCCUAGGUCAGAAGAUGAGCGGGAGAUGUGUACCAGGACAGUAUACUGUACAAAUAUUGAUAAAAAGGUUUCUCAGGCUGAAGUAAAAAAUUUCUUUGAAUCAACAUGUGGUGAGGUUACUCGCUUGAGGCUUUUGGGCGAUCAUGUCCAUUCAAGUCGUAUAGCUUUUGUUGAAUUUACCAUGGCAGAAAGUGCCAUUAUUGCUCUGAAUUGCAGCGGAAUGGUCUUAGGAAGCCAACCCAUCCGGGUAAGUCCAUCAAAGACACCUGUGAGGCCGCGAGUUACUCGCCCAACAUUGCAUUAACUAAUCUUGAAGAGUUUCAGAUCCAUGGAUAGAAUUUUGGCGAUAUUCCCAGUUGAGAUGAAUUGGUUGUGUUGAUGGGAUGGUGAAACUUUCUUUUGUUUCAGUGUUUCCAUAUUUUCCACGGCAACAGUGACUUUAUCUGUGACUCAAACGUAUUGUAAUCCUGCUUCAACUUGAAGUUUUUCACAAGACUGUCUCAGUCUCGAUUACUUUUAUCUCGUUCCAUCAAUGUUUUGGAAAUCCCAUCUGUUAACUUGGAUAAUGGUAUCAAUUGUCAUUACUAAUUGUGGUUAAUGACUUGAGAAAUUCGAGUUGGUUCGUGAAAAAUACAAGUGCUUGUGUUUAGUUAAUGGAGUUAAUAGUGGAAUUAGCAGUAGUAA